AUGGAAAACGUCCUAUCUCAACCCUGGGCGCAUGUAAAGUGGGAAGAAGACGUUACCAGUCGUGCUAAGGCGCAGAAAAAGCAAGAUCCCAAGACGAUCAGAUCAGACCGAACCGAGCGAGACGAGAGAUCCUCUCAACGACCAGCCAGGGACUCCGGAAAUCGAAACCGGGGAAGGGAGUUCCUUGCUGAGAAGGCCAAGAGCCAUCUAAGAAAGGAUACAAUGGGGAAGCCCACUGAAGCUGCUCCCGGCUCGCCACAUAGACAGGACCGAGUGAUACAUGUCAUAUCGGGCGGUUCAGAGAUCAGCAGCAUAAGCCACGCAGCCACGAAGAAAAGUACCUGGAACGCCAAGCAUGGCCUAGAGGCAACCAAGCCGAAACGCCUGCUCCUAGGCACAGACGAAAUAAGCUUCACGGCCAAGAAGCAGGAAAGGGUUCUCACCCCACAUCAUGACGCUCUGGUCAUAUCACUCACUAUAGCGAACUGUCUGGCCGCCUACAAGGAUCUGCGGCUGGCGGAAAGCGCCUUAACUCGGAGGAUAACCCUACUCAUAGGGUUCAGCAGAGAAGUCAAGCAGACCGCCAGGGAGGUGACCCUCCCAGUGUACAUUGACGGGAUCAAUAUGUCAACCAAGUUCCUGGUUGUUGACUGCGACUCGUCUUACAACAUGAUCUUGGGACGGCCCUGGAUUCACGGCAAGGGAGCCGUCCCUUCAACCCUUCACCAGAUACUGAAAUUCCCUACACCCUGGGGCAUAAGGGAAAUAAGAGGGGAUCAAGAGCAUUCUCACUUCUGCUACCAGACUACCCUGAAAGGGAAGACCAAGGUCUUAUAG